AGCUAGCAUCGUAGGUUUGAUUUGGCCGUUGGUCGAUAGGUUUCGCGCGAGUGAGGCGGCGGCGGCGGCCGAGGAGGGAUGGGGGAGGCGCCGCGGCCCAGGUCACCGCCGAGGUACCCGGACCUGUGCGGGCGCCGCCGGCUGCAGCUCGAGGUGCAGAUCCUCAACCGGGAGGUCGGCUUCCUCGAGCAAGAGAUACAGGGGCUCGAGCGGAUUCAGCCGGUCUCGCGCUGCUGCAAAGAUGUCACCGAGUUCGUCGGCGAGAAGGCCGAUCCGAUGAUACCAGUAAGCAAAAGGAAACAUGGAUCUUGCAGCCUCUAUCCGUGGAUCAGAUCAAAAUUGCACACAUGCUUCUCAUGCCUGUGCUGCUGCCUGCCCAAGCUCAAUGCGCCAGGCUGCUUCGGCCGCUCUUGCUGCGCCGGCCGCGACACGGUGUGCUGUACGCCGAGCUGCAGCUGUCCGAAGGCCCCCUCGUGCUGCGGCGCCUGCAGCUGCAAGCCGGGCUGCGGCGGCCACUGCCAACCGCCGUGCAGCGGCUGCUGUUCCGGUGACUGCAGCUGCGCCGGCGGCCCGUGCUCCUGCCCCCGGUGCUGCGGCUGCCUCGGCGCCGUCGGCCGGUGCCUGUCGUCGUGCUGCAGCGGCCUGCGGCAUCCCUGCUGCAAGUGCCAGUCGGCGUGCUGCGAGGGGGAGCCGUCCUGCCGGGGCAAGGGGGCCUGCUGCCGCGGAUCGUGCCUCGGCGGCCCGGCGGCGGCUCCGUCGUGCCCGGAGUGCUCCUGCGGCUGCUUGUGCUCCUGCCCCCGGUGCAGGGGAGGGUGCCGGUGCCCGCCGUGCGGUAACAACCCCUGCUGCGCCGGUGGGUGCCUGUGCUAGGUAGAUUAGAUUGUUACUGUAGUAGUACUAGUAGCUAAUGAGUGUGGUUGUUACUCUUCUUCUUUUUUGUUUUGUGUUGAAUUAUAUGGCAUCUGAUGUGGGUGAAACUUUGCUCGUGUGUGAAUUCAGUGUAAAGAAUUAGCCUGGGCGCCAAAUGU